AUGCGUUCCAGCCAGCACUCAUUCCAGGUCUUCCGGGAUGUCCCCCCUCUCCGACAAUGGCGUCGACAGCUCCUGCUGGACAGGAAAACUCUCGGCUUUGUCCCGACCAUGGGAGCCUUGCAUGAGGGCCAUCUCUCGUUGAUGCGACAAGCUGCGGCGGAGAACACAGACGUCAUCGUCAGUAUCUACGUCAACCCCACCCAAUUCGGCGUCAACGAAGAUCUUUCCAGCUACCCACGGACCUGGGAUAGCGAUGUGGCGAAAAUCGAGCAAUUGAACACCGAACUAGCUGCUCAGGGCGCUCACACGGGCCGAGUCACGGCUGUACUGGCUCCGACGUCCAAGGUGAUGUACCCGAUAUUACCGCCCAGCUCGGAGGUCGACGGAGAUGGAUCAUUUGUCACGAUCAUGCCGAUCUCGAGGAAACUAGAGGGCGCGUCCCGACCAGUGUUUUUCCGUGGUGUUGCGACGGUGUGUAUGAAACUAUUCAAUAUCGUGACUGCCGACCGUGCCUACUUUGGUCAGAAGGACGUGCAGCAGACAGUUGUUAUCAAACGAAUGGUGAAGGACUUCCAUAUCGACACGGACAUCCUAAUUGGUGACACCGUUCGCGAAAACGACGGUCUAGCCAUGAGUUCGAGGAAUGUGUACCUCGGGAAGAGACGGAGGGCUGUGGGACUGGUGCUUUUCAAUGCCAUGAAGGCUGCAGAAGAGGUGUACAACUCGGGGAAAUACAGCCGCAGUGAUAUUCUCGAUGCGGCCAACCGCGUGACGUCCCAGGUUCUCUCCGAGCAGCAGGCUUUGGCGCCGUCCCAACGGGCGCUCUACGAGGUCCACUACAUCUCUCUUGCCGACCCGGACAGUAUGGAUGAGUUGGAUGUGGUGGAUCCGUCCAAGGGAGCAAUCCUCAGUGGCGCCAUCAAGAUGACACCCCUCGAGGAAUCGACAUUGGGAGAAGACUGUGGCCUGGGCGAUGGGAAAGUCCCUGUGAGACUGAUUGACAACUUGAUCUUCAAACCGCAUAUGUAG